AUUGAUUAAUACAGAAAGGAAUCAUUCCUUAGAAGAUGAGAAUGGUAGCGUAGAAAGGCCUCUUGGAGUAGUCAAAAAGCUACAUAUCAAUGUUCCUCCAAACAAAGGAAAACCCUCUAUACAAACUUUAAUAAGUGCAACAUUUCAAUUGAACCAAAAUAGCUUCAAAAAUCUCUCUUUCUUCUGAAUGGAUAACACAACACUGAAGGCAGAGAAUCUUAAGCCUAUUUUUCUCAAAGCUGGUGUUCCUUUAGCUGUAUCUUUAGCUGGUUUGAUCUAUGCAUGGAUCAUGACAAAGAAAAGUUUAUCAAAAGUCUCUUCCUUUUCAGAAAUUGAGUCUCAUACUCCUGAAUUCAAUUCUCAUGAAGGAACUAAACAUGAAGAAAAUUUUAACAACUUUUCUUCUAUGGAAGAAGAAGAAAAUUAUGAUGAUGUUACCUCUAUAGAUAAUAGUGUUCUUUCUGAGAGCUUGAUGAUCAAUGAAAACCACCCAUGUUUGGAACAAGAGAUUACUUGCUUAAGAAGCAAGAUUGAAGGUAUGCAAAUUAGAGAAUUGGCCUUAACUUUGCAAUUUGAAAAAUAUUGUGAAAUGAAAGAUCAAGAAACUUUGCUUAUGGAAAUAAAAAACAUGUUGUCGAUGGAGAUGUCUCGCGUCGAGUUUUUUAAUAAAGAGAUUUCAUUCUUAGAGACAGAAACUAUGAGGUUGGAGAAUUUUGUAAUCCAAUACUUGAGGAUUGUUGAAAAAUUUGAGUAUUGGAAGUCAGAGAAUAAGGUGCUUCAUAAGAAAGUUCAGAAGCUAGGUAAAAAAUCAAAGGCUCAAUCACAGUUGAUAAAGGAGAAGAAUUUGAUGAUCAAAGAGGGGGAAGAAGAAAUCUUGAGAAACCAUGAUGAAUUGCAAAAACGGGCUAGUGUGAUUCUUAAGUUAGAAAAUGAAAUUAGAGAGAUGAAAAGGGUUUUUGAUCAUUUUUAUGAUGAGAAGAAUGAACUUGUCAAGAAGCUUGAAACAGCAGAAGAAAAUGCAAAUGCAUGUAGAGAAAAGUUACAUAAAAAGCCACUGAAAUAUUAUUUGCAAGUUGAAACAGAAGAUGUAAAGAAGGAAGAUUACAGCAAGGUUCUCAAUGAAUUGGAGCAGGUUAAGAAGGAACAUGAAACUGAAUUUGAAGAACUGAUUCACUUGAGGAAGAUUAAUGGACAAGAUUGUUCUUUUUCGGAGCAUUACAAUGUGCCUUGCAUUGGUUCUGUUUCUCAUGGUGAUCUUGCUUGUUCCAAAAAGAGAAAGUUGCUUAAAAGGAUCAAAAAAUGGGUGGUGGAUGGUAGUGAAAAGGCAAGAGUGAAUUCAGAAGCUAAAAGCAGUAGUGAUGAAAUUAAGUGCUUUGGUUUGCAUUCUGUUUCACAUGGAUCAGAGAAAGCUGAAGUUCCAGCUACUUCAAGGUUUUGCGCUAGUGCAUGAGGCAAAAUAUCAUACUAUCUAUUCCUUUGAAAAAUAAUCUAUCUUUGAUAUUUCAGAUUGAAGGUGUGUUAGAUGUCUGAUACGUGUUAAUUGUAUAACACCAACACGACCAUAACAUAUAUGGUUACAGUCGAUUAUUCUAUUUUUUUUAAAUUAGUGUCGACAUGUCAGUGUUGUGUUUGAGUCUGUUAGACAAAAAGUUAAAACAUAAUUAGACCAAAUCAUUAUCUUCAUGUAAUAAUUGGUAUACUAAACAAUAUAAUAAAGAGACUUUGAUGUUGAUAAGUCAAGAAAAUGAUUAUAUUAUCUAA